CACUGCAAGUCAACAAAUGGGGUCCUCAGCUUGGCCCCAGGGUCUCCACCCUGAGAGACCAACACUGCUGGCAGGGACAGAUUUGCACAGUGGCUGUGGCCCAGAAUCUUGCGGAUCAAACGGACAAACUGAUGGAGCACAGAAAAUUCUGUGGCUGAACUGGGCCAUGGAAAUGGCAGCCUGGGCAACAGGUUCAUGAAAACAGACUCUUCACACCUUGGUCCCGCCCUUCAGGUCUGAGCAAGCUCCAUGUGCUCCUGGUCAAAGCUAGGGGCGGGUUUCCUCCACCUCCCUGCCCGAGCCCAUCCCCUGUCCACCUGGGGAUGCUGGAGGUAGCCUUUGGGGUAGGCCGGGCCUGUGCUGGCCACCAGGCUGUGGGGACUACCACCACCCACUCAUGGAACUGGAACGUGCCUCUGGGUGAGGGUGGGUCACACUCAGCUAGGUAUUGCCAGGAGAGGACAGUUGGCAUUUACAACUUGGAGCUAACGGCAUUUGAUUGGAGGAGACCCCCCAGACCCCCUGUGCUCAGAAGCUGCCCUGGGAGUCCCUGAGAGAUGGGGCUGGAGCCAAGCUCCUUGGAGGGCCAAUGUUCUCCCUAUCUGGUUUAGAAGCAGAGUAGGCUUCUGGGGACUUAGUCACCUUGGGAUUCUUGGAUCAAUGUGCGCAGAGGAGGCUCUGGAAGGGCCAAUUCAACUUUCCGCCGAGGCGGCAGAGCAUCCUCUGGGGAGGAAUGCAGGUGGCAGGCGGGGAUCUCCGUCAAGGGCAGCCCAGAGCUGCCCCCCGGCAGCAGCACCCCUCCUAACCCCCAGCUCAGCGUCACACCCUGGGUCUCCCAAGCUUGGCCUCCUGCUCCCCAGCCAGGAGCACGCACCAGGACCAGCCUUGCAGGGCCCGGUGCAAAAUGAAAACAUCACCCCUUGGCCAAAAGUAACCAAGAAUUUCCAGACGGCGAGAGCUGAGCGAGAAGUGAGCACCGGGCUCUGGGGACUCCCCAGGUGGCAGGAAGAAGUGGCCUCUCUGGGACCCCUCUGGCCGCUCCCAGGCCCCUCUCACCACCCCAUCUCUCCGGCAUCACAGCUGUGGUUCCUGCCUCUGCCCCACCCAGCCUCGGGCCCUGUGAGCCUCUGGGCCUCCCACACUGCCUGGGACAGGAAGGACUUCCUGUUUUACCCACGACUGUUCAGAGGGCACAGAGGGACGCUGAGGAGGGUGAGGUUUCUGAGACGAAGGCCACCGAGCACGGGGAGCGCAGUGAACACCGGUAAUGGGGCUGGUGGCCCAGGUGCAUCAUGGACAGGCACCCCUUGUUCGGAAGAAGAACCUGGGACUUUCAGAUCAAGUCAGAAGGCAGGAUUGGUGGAACUAGAAAACUGCGUGUGUGAGUGGGACUGCUGUCACUCUGUGGACUUGAAUGCCUGAGAAAACCAGUCCUGGAAUCAGACG